AUGUCCCGCCAAGUUGCGAGCAAUAGCUCUGGCCCUACGAGUCCUGGUUCUAUUGGACCGUCGUCCACAUAUGUGUUUGGAGAUGCCACAGCGACAACAAGCGAUAAUUCAGCUUUACGAAAGAUUUUGCGUUCACCUUCAAUGGAGACAGAGAAAUCACGCGCGACGGAAGGAGUAGUAACCACGGAAGAAGGGCGACGGCAGUCUGCAGCCGGAACUGAACUACAGAUGGCGGGAGUUAAGAGAAAGAUGUCAGUGGAUAAAGGUGUACCAGGCGAACUGUUGGCAGGGCCAGGAGUUAGCGGAAUUGAAGUGGAAAUGGAAGCACCACCACCAAAGCGAAGGGGCUCAGCUAUUGAUACCAGCAGAAUUGCUUCAUUGUCAUUGAAUGAACAACGGAGAAAUUCUGUAGAUUCACGAGGAAGCCAUUGGGCAUGGACAAAUGACAGGCGAGAUUCGACUUCCUCAAUUUUUUCGGCCGCCUCGGGAUAUUCACAGGCAUUUCCCGGAACGGAAUCGCCGCAGGGCCGGCCUGCAACCGGAAUUACGACUUUCGCGUGGCCUGUUAGCGCCAGUCCUCAUCCUUCAGAGUCAAUCAACAUGCAGCAUGAAGGCGAUCCCAAUGUGACCGCUUCUGCACCUCUUCACAUGAUGCCCCCGAUAAAUUUCAGCCAGGAUAGACGAAUGUCUGUGCCAAAUGUCCUUUCUGCUUCACCACCAACUUCGACAGGCCCUACGAGAGUCCUUCGUUCUCGUUCUAGACCGCCAUCGCGUCAGACUCGCGCUGAAGACGCCCAGUCAGCGUCUCCGGAAGACCCUCUUGCAGAUCCACUCGCCUCUUCGAGCUCGUCGGUCAAGGCCGCAAAAGAUUCUGGCGCGACUCCCUAUUCCCGCUCACCCGAACUUCGAGUAUCGCACAAACUUGCUGAGAGAAAGAGAAGAAAGGAAAUGAAAGACUUGUUCGAUGAGCUACGAGAUCAGCUGCCCGCAGAUAGAGGGAUGAAAGCAAGUAAGUGGGAAAUCUUGAGUAAAGCUAUCGAUUUUGUCAAUCAGUUAAAACAGAGCCAUCAGGAUAUGGCCAGAGAAAUUGAUAUGCUGCGGCACGAGUUAGAUGCAGUCAGACAGAAUGCUGGACUUCCUCCAUUUACUGGACCUCCUCCGCCACACCUCAUCUAUGCACAAGGUCCAAUACCUGCGCCGUAUCCGCUACCUCCUGGAGUCUUACCGCAUCCUCCUCCGAUCUCACAUCCAACUGCUCAACAACAACAUCCUCAGCAUCCACUUUCUCGUCCCGCCUCGUCGCAGAACAUGCUUCCUCUUGGUGAGCAGAACCCUCCUCCUUCGCAGAACGGAGAUUUGCCUCGGCCAGAAGUUCACCCUACGUCAUGA